AGGAGCCUAGCCUAAGGACGGGUUGAACGCCCUUGAGCAGUGUAAGACAAGCAAGUUAGCAACAGCACAUUCAGUUCACUGCUGGACACAAGAGGGAGCGGACGAUACGUUGACGUCUUGUCCAUACUUUGCCAGCGGUGACCCAUCUUUCCACGAAGGAUCUUGAACAAUGUCGGCUCCGGAAGAAAAUGUAUACCAGCUGAUCGUGGUUGGUGCAGGGAUGAUUGGGUCAGCUGCGGCCUACCAUGCCUCUUUAAUCCCUAACACAAGCGUUUGCCUCGUAGGACCUGCAGAACCCAAGUGUCGUAAAGGACGAGAGAUAUUUGGUUGCUGGUACGAUGAGGGCCGACUAUGUUACCGGGUCAGUGGAACUCCAACUUGGAGCACUCUUGCUUCAGAAUCUCUGUACAGAUACAGGGAACUGGAAAAACUGACAGGUAUCAACUUCUUCAUAGAAUCAGGCCAUGUCUAUGCUACUUCAGAAAAGGGGAGGUGGGAAAACCGCUUAAAAUUAAGCAAGAAGUAUGCCCCUGAUAUUGAAGACAUAACCAAGACAUGGAUGAAUAUUUUCACAUUUUUUAAUUUACCUGAAGAUGUAUAUAUCACUUAUGAGAAAUCAAUUGCUGGUCACCUUAGUCCUCGGAAUCUAGUGCAGGCUCAUCAAACUGCUGCACAGAUGCAUGGUGCUCAGAUUGUUCGCAAGAUUGUGUCUACAGUUGUACCAUCAAAGUCUGAUGCAUACAAGUGGGAUGUAAUGACAGAAUGUGGCACUGUACUUCGAGGUCAUCGUGUCCUUGUGGCGGUUGGCGCAUAUGCUGCUCUCAAGCCUCUGUUUCAACAUGUUUGCCCUAACUUGGUUCCUCAACUGGCACUAAUGGCACAGACCGUUGCAUAUCUGCAUGUCGGUGAAGAAGAAGCUCAGAGAUUGAAGUUAAUGCCAUCUCUCAAUAUAGAAUCUUCAUUUGGUAAACUUGAUGGAGCAUAUAUUCUUCCUCCAAUAAAAUAUCCUGAUGGCAAAUGGUACCUGAAGUUGGGUCAUGGAGAUGCUUAUGAACAGAGGAAGACUACAUUAGAUGAAGUUAAAGAUUGGUACAUUCAGCAAUCUGGUAGUCCCGAGUGUAUGAAUGAGCUGGCUAAGUACCUGUGUCAUAUUUUACCAGGUUUGAAGGUGGAGAAAGUUACUGCGGAUGGAUGCCUGACAUCUGAUACUCCCACCAGAGAGCCUUACAUAGAAGUAGUUGCUGAAGGCUUUGGCCUUGCUCUAGGAGGAAAUGGAUGUGGAGCUAAGAGUUGUGAUGAAAUUGGCCGCCUGGCAGCUCAUCUUGUGAUACUUGGCGAAUGGGAAUCAGAAAUUCCUAAGGAACGCCUCAAGACGAUUUGGGAGCCUUCUCAACUAUGAGUUAAAGUGAUUUGCAAUAGCUUUAUCUUUAUUAAACAAAUUGUUUAUUUUAUAUUACCCAGAGUAUAACAUAUAAUUGAAUCUUCUAAUAUUAAGUAAACUAAGUACAAUAUACAGUACAGUAUAUAUCAACUAUGCCUUAGUUAUAUGAACUAUGCCUUACAGCUCACUGAGCACUUUUAUAUUAUUUUAUCUAAUAAUUAUAAGCAAUUAAUCCUUCAGCUUAUCAGCUGAAGGAUUAUCAGCUUAUCAUAUUUUGUCUAUUCACAUGCUCAUAUAAGGAUAACAAAAUUGAUAAAUUAAUCUGUUUUAGAGGACAUGCAGACGUACCUUGUCAUGCUUUGCCUGCUGACUGUAUUUAGUCUUCAGGUUUUCUCUCAUGACUGAAUUUAAACAUAAGGUGAAAGGCCCAGUACAGCCAGGGAUGCUCAGGAAAGUCAGUAUUCCCUCAGCAUUUUAUUUUCGAGAAGAAUUCCCUCGGAGUGCCCGACAAGAUAAUUCCCUGCAAAUUGCAAAGAAUAAAUGUUGCAUACCCAAGCAGAAUAACACUUGGCCUGGCUGCAAAAAAUAAAUGGGCGAAACCAAGGAGGACAGAAAAAACUUUCUUCAAGGAUCCAAGCUACACAUAAAAAUCGAGCUAGAGUACUUGGAGAAGAGCUGAAAGAAUAAAAAAAAAAAGGACUAGCACAGGAAAACAGAGGCUGCAAAACAACAACACCACAUGGCACUGACUGAACAGCCAAGAAACAAAUGCCUAUUACGAGCUUAAAUGCCUUUGCAACAGAGAAAACCAGAACUGGAACCGGCCAGCACACUUGGAAUUAACUCAUAAGGAAAUGCAGCACAGGCGCUCAGGAUUGAGAGCGAAUAAUCUGAGAAAUAGUAGACCUCACAAAGCAGACCCCCACUCCACCACCCCCUUCUCACCCCCCAAAAAACACAUUCCUUGACAGGAAGGAUCUCACAAGGACCUAAAACAGGGCCUGGUCAGCCUGUAUACACAGGUGAAUGGAGGGGCAAGUCAAAAGGACAAAGAGCAUGUCAGGUUCAAAGAGCCAAACAACAAUAAAAUUUUUGGGUGAACGAUGAGUGCUGCCUCCACAGCAAAAACUGUAAAACAAGAAGUGCACAGUUUCUGUCUCCCACCCACGAGGGAGCCGGUCGGCCGAGCGGACAGCACACUGGACUUGUGAUCCUGGGUUCGAUCCCAGACGCCGGCGAGAAACAAUGGGCAAAGUGUCUUUCACCCUAUGCCCCUGUUACCUAGCAGUAAAAUAAGUACCUGGGUGUUAGUCAGCUGUCACGGGCUGCUUCCUGGGGGUGGAGGUCUGAUCGAGGACCGGGCCGCGGGGACACUAAAGCCUCGAAAUCAUCUCAAGAUAACCCUCUCCCUGAAUUGGUGGCAGCCCCCCUCACUUGCUGCCAGGUGUUUGACUCCAUCAAACCUCACACUAGAAUAAUAAGCAACUAACAAAUGUAUCAAAACAAAAAGUCUUUAUAUGUUGUUUUCAAUAUAUGACUAAAAUUUGAAAAUUUCCAUUAAAACGAGACAAAAAUAGGUUUCAUGCUCUUUGAUAGUGUUGAAUUCAUUGGUGCUACGUUGAACUGCAUUCGGUACAGCUACAACGGUGUAAGGAUUGUCAUUGUCACUUAACGAUGAUGAUCUCUGGACUCUCCUUAGGCUAAUGAGACCUAUUUGGACCAACCAAGACCUAUGCCUCACAUUAUGGUUCCAUCUUUAAAAAUAAGGAAUGCUUUCCUAAAGAGGAUGGAAUCGGGAAGGGGCAAAGAGCAACACGAUUUUUAAAUUUAUCCAAAAAAAAAAAGAUCUGUUAUUUGGUAAUUUUGUUAUUAGAUUUUAAAUUAUUUUGUUUACGAAACAAUAUUCGUAUUUUUACUAAGACUAAUGUAAGUACCAUUAGUCCUAGGAGAGAAAUAAUAUAAUGUUUACUUGCAGUCAUUCAAAAAAAACAUUGUGAUGGUUUACAUAUAUUUUUUAACUAUAUAUAAUUUACAUAUAUUUAAUUAACUAUAUAAAUAUGUUGUGUUGUUUUGGUGCAUAAAUAAAAUAAGGGGUAUAUAAA